GACUUCCUCCCCACUGGGUCUGGGCGGGGCAGGCAGGAAGGGGCCAUGAGUGGCCUGGUUGGCCACCCACCAGAGCAGCAGCUGAGCUAGCAAGACAAGCAGCUGGGCCAUUUUCCCCCAGAGCUUCAGAAUGGACCUGUGUCAUGCAGAUCCAGCUGAGCUCAGCAGUGGGGAGGCCAAGGAGUUACAGCAGAUCAAAUGGCACAGGAAGCAACUGCUGGAGGACAUCCAGAAACUGAAGGAUGAAAUUGCAGAUGUGUUUGCCCAAAUCGACUGCUUCGAGAGCAGUGAAGAGAGCCGGAUGGCGCAGAAAGAGAAGGAGAUGUGUAUCGGGCGCAAGAAAUUCAACAUGGACCCUGCCAAGGGCAUCCAGUAUCUCACUGAGCACAAGCUGCUGACCUCUGACGUCCAGGACAUUGCCCAGUUCCUGUACAAGGGUGACGGCCUAAACAAGACAGCCAUCGGCACCUACUUGGGGGAAAAGGACCCCAUCAACCUGCAGGUCCUACAAGCCUUUGUGGACUGCCACGAGUUUGCCAACCUCAACCUCGUUCAAGCCCUCAGGCAGUUCCUGUGGAGCUUCCGGCUGCCAGGCGAGGCCCAGAAGAUUGACCGCAUGAUGGAGGCCUUCGCUGCUCGCUACUGCCUCUGUAACCCCGGUGUCUUCCGGUCCACAGACACCUGCUACGUGCUGUCCUUCUCCGUCAUCAUGCUCAACACCGGCCUACACAACCCCAACGUCCGGGACAGACCGCCCUUCGAGCGCUUCGUGUCUAUGAAUCGAGGUAUCAACAACGGCAGCGACCUGCCAGAGGAGCAGCUUCGGAACCUGUUUGAUAGCAUCAAAAGUGAACCCUUCUCGAUCCCCGAGGACGAUGGCGGUGACCUCACCCACACCUUCUUCAACCCUGACCGUGAAGGCUGGCUGCUCAAGCUGGGGGGGCGAGUGAAGACAUGGAAGCGACGCUGGUUCAUCCUCACAGACAACUGCCUCUACUACUUCGAGUUCACCACUGACAAGGAGCCUCGGGGGAUUAUCCCACUGGAGAACCUCUCUGUGCAGAAGGUGGAUGACCCCAAGAAGCCGUUCUGCCUGGAGCUGUACAACCCCAGCUGCCGAGGCCAGAAGAUAAAGGCAUGCAAGACAGACGGGGAUGGCAAAGUGGUGGAGGGAAAACACGAAUCCUAUCGCAUCUCAGCUGCCAAUGCAGAAGAGAGGGACCAGUGGAUCGAGGCCAUCAGGGCCAGCAUCACCCGAGUCCCCUUCUACGACCUGUUGUCUGCUCGGAAAAAGAAGAUUGUCAGCAAGCAGUGAGCCUCCAGGAGGUGACGGCUGCCAGCCCCAGUAGAGCCUGUGUGGUACCUGGAGACACACCUUUCACCCACUGU